CACAAACCAUCAGCUAUGAGAGCUGUUGUGCUUGCCUUGACUCUGGCCCUUGUGGCAAGUCACCAGAUCAAUCUUGUUCCAGAGUUUGCUGCUGGUAAGACCUUUGUGUACAAGUAUGAGGGUCUGCUCCUGGGCGGUCUGCCUCAAGAGGGUCUGGCCAAAGCUGGUAUAAAAGUUAGCAGCAAAGUUCUCAUUAGUGCCAUAGCCCAGAAUACCUUCCUCCUAAAGCUCUCGGACACUCAGCUCUUUGAGUACACAGGCAUCUGGCCACAAGAUUCUUUUAAUCCUGCUGCAAAGCUCACCUCCGCACUAAAUGCUCAGCUUGCGAUUCCCAUUAAAUUUGAGUAUGCUAACGGUGUGGUAGGCAAAGUUUUUGCCCCCGCUGGAGUAUCUGCUACUGUCCUGAAUCUGCACAGAGGUAUCCUCAACCUCCUUCAGCUCAACCUUAAGACAACCCAGAAUGUCUAUGAGCUUCAUGAGGAUGGACUUCACGGAGUUUGCAAGACCCACUACCUGAUCAGUGAGGAUGUGAAGACUCAUCAGAUAAUUGUGAAAAAAUCCAAAGACCUGAACCACUGCCAUGAGAGAAGAAUUAAGGAUAUUGGUUUAGCGCACAGCGAGACCUGUGUUGAAUGCCAGCAGAGAGUUAAGAGUCUGACUGGAACUGCAACAUUUAACUACAUCAUAAAGCCCACCGAUGCUGGUGCACUGGUUUCUGAGGCUACAGCUGAAGAGAUCCAUCAGUUUUCACUUUUUAAUACCAUCACAGGAGCCGCUCAAAUGAAAACCAGGCAAAUGUUGACCUUGCUGGAGGUUCAGAACUCCCCUAUUGCUCCUCUUGCUGGUGAAUAUUCGGUCCGUGGAUCCCUGAAGUAUGAAUUUGGUACUGAGGUUCUCCAAACACCUAUUCAGCUUCUCAAGAUCAACAAUGCUCAAGCUCAGAUUAUGGAGGUCUUGCAGCAUCUGGUUGCAAACAAUGCAGUCAUGGUUCAUGAAGAUGCUCCACUGAAGUUUGUUCAGCUUGUUCAGCUUAUGCGUUUUGCCACUUUGGAGAACAUUGAGGCCAUUUGGGCAUUGCACAAGACCAAACCUGUUCACAGACGCUGGAUUAUAGAUGCACUUCCAGUUGUGGGUACACCAGUAGCUUUGAGAUUCAUUAAGGAGAAAUUCCAGGCUGAUGAGCUGAGCAUCCCUGAACUUACUCAAUCUCUUCUGGUUGGUAUGCACAUGGCCACUGCUGAUCCAGAUGCCAUUCGCAUAAUUGCUAAUAUGGCUGUGAGCCCUAAAGUUAGGGCCAUUCCAGUACUGCGUGAGGUGAUCAUGCUUGGCUAUGGUUCCCUGAUUGCCAAGCACUGUGCUGAAGUUCAUACAUGUUCUGCAGAACAUCUGAAGACUAUUCAUGAGAUCGCUGCUGAGGCCAUUUCUAAGGUUGAUAUUCCUGAAAUCACACUGGCUCUUAAGGCUCUUGGCAAUGCUGGCCAUCCUGCCAGUCUCAAACCCAUCAUGAAACUCUUGCCUGGAUUUGGAAACGCUGCUGCCUCUAUUCCCAUGAGAGUUCAAGUUGAUGCCAUCUUGGCCCUUAGGAGCAUCGCUAAGAAGGAGCCAAAGUUGGUUCAGCCACUGGCACUGCAGCUUUUUAUGGAUAAGGAUCUUCACCCUGAAUUGCGUAUGGUUUCCUGUAUUGUGCUGUUUGAGACAAAGCCAUCAGCGGCUCUUCUGUCCACUGUUGCUGGCGCUUUGGAGAAAGAGCAAAACAUGCAUGUUGUCAGCUUUGCUUAUUCUCACAUCAAGUCUCUCACCAGAAGCAUGGCUCCUGAUCUUAUGCAUGUGGCUGCUGCAGCUAAUGUUGCUAUCAGAAUGCUGAGCCCCAAAAUGGAGAGACUGAGCUAUCUCCUCAGCAGAGCCCAAUAUUUUGAUCUCUAUAUCUCUCCUCUUAUGGUUGGUGUUGCUGGUAGUGCUUUUAUGAUCAAUGAUGCUGCCACUAUCAUACCCAGAGCUGUAGUGACUAAAGCACGUGCCUACCUUGCUGGAGCAGCUGCUGACCUUCUUGAGGUUGGUGUGAGGACUGAGGGACUCCAGGAAGCUCUACGGAAAACUCCAGCUGCAGAACAAAAUGUUGAUCGCAUUACUAAGAUACAGCAUACCCUUAAAGCACUGAUGGACUGGAAGGCUAUGCCAAACAACCAACCUCUGGCUUCCCUUUAUGUCAAAGUUCUUGGACAGGAAGUUGCUUUUGCCAACAUUGACAAAACAUUUAUUGACCAAGUCAUCAUUGAACAUGCAGCACAGCUUUCUAUUGGACAACGUGCUCGUGAACUGCUGAAGGAUACUGUUAAGGCAUUGCAGACUGGCAUUGCAAUACAGUAUGCCAAGCCCCUGCUAGCAGCUGAGGUGCGCCGCAUCAUUCCUACUUCUGUUGGUUUGCCAGUAGAGCUUGGUUUUUACUCUGCUGCUGUUGCUGCUGCAGCAAUCAAUGUUCAGGCAGCUAUUGCACCUCUACCUGAGCAUCCAGAAACUGCUACUUAUGAUCAGUGGAUGAAGACUGAUAUUCAAUUGCACGCUGAGGCCAAACCAAGUGUUGCCAUGCAGACCUUUGCAGUGAUUGGAGUAAAUACUGCCUUGAUCCAAGCUGCUGUUAUGGCCAGAGGAAAAGUACACACUGUUGUGCCAGGAAAAGUGGCCUUAAGAGCAGAUCUUCCUCAAGGCAAUAUCAAACUGGAGGUUUUGCCUGUAGCUGCACCUGAUCAUGUUGCUGCUGUCAACUUUGAGACUGUUGCUGUGACCAGAAACAUUGAGGAGCUUCCUUCUGAGAGAGUGGCAUCUCUGGCACCUCAUAUGCCUUCCGAUGCUGUGCAGAGAUUAAUACCUGCUUCAAUUCAAAAGGCUCUGUGUGCUGUUAUUCCAUAUGUGAACAUCAAGGGAUGUCUUGAUAUCAACUCCCGCAGUGCUGGCUUUAUGGAAUUAAAUCCUCUGCACUAUAUUAUCGGACAACACUCAACUCGUAUUUCUGUGGGAAGAGGUGAUGGUCCUGCCCUUGAAAGACUGGAGCUUGAGGUCCAGAUUGGUCCUAAAGCAGCUGAGAAACUUGUUGAAGAAAUUAGUGCUGUCAACACUGAGACUAAAGAAGAAAAGACCAUACUUCUGAAACUAAGAGAAAUCCUAGAAGCUGGCUUAAGGAACAUAAACAUCAGCUCUUCCUCCAGCAGCAGCAGCAGCAAGAGUGCAAGCAGCAGCAGGAGUGGAAGCAGCAGCAGAAGUGGAAGCAGCAGCAGGAGUGGAAGGAGCAGUAGAAGUGGCAGCAGCAGCAGGAGUGCCAGCAGUUCUAUUAGUUCUUCCAGUGCUCGCACAUCUAUGAAAAGUAAGACAUAUGUUCCAUUCCAGAAAUUCCACAGGGAUCAGUACUUGUUACCACAGGUAAUGUCAAAAGCCAGCAGUGCAUCCAGCACUGAGGCUAUCUAUAAACAGGCUAGGGUACUUGGAGAUAAUAUUCCACCUGCUUUUGCCAUCAUUGCUCGUGCUGUUAGAGCUGACCGCAAGAUGGGAUUCCACUUGGCUGCUUAUUUGGACAAGCCCACUUCAAGAGUACAGUUGGUGUUUUCUUCCAUUGCUGAGAAUGACAAAUUAAAAAUGUGUGCUGAUGCUUUACUACCAAGCCAGCAUAAAGUUACUGCCAGAGUUGCCUUUGGUGAACAGUGCCAGGAAUAUUCUGCAACAAUCAUGGCUGAGACUGGUCUUCAUGAGUCAAAACCUGCUGCCCGUUUCAAAUUAGGAUGGGACAAACUGCCAAGAAUCCUAACCGUUGUUACUCCAUAUAUUAAGAGUGUGUCUGAAUACAUCCCUAAGGUUGCCCCACUGGCUAGAAUUGGAGUUGACAGAGCUGAAAACAGUGACAGAAAAAUCGGCCUUAUUCUGGCUCUUCCAAGUCAAAAGUCCCUUAAUGUUAUAUUGAGGGUUCCUAAGAUGACGCUGUCAAAGAUGGAUAUGCCUCUUCCAGUUGCCCUGCCUAUUGAAAAUGAUGGAACCAUUCCAAUGUUCAAAAAUUUGGACAUCCGCGCCCUUGUGGAAAAAUGGCUUAAUCAUAUUUGGAAAAACUGACUAAUGAAAUUAUAAAUGUUAUUUUAUUAAAUAAAACUUUGAGCAUUGAAAAUGGAUAAA